AUGGCCGGCCCUAUUGGAAUGGGGGCAAUCCUCCGAUCUUAUUUAAAUGCCUUCGUUCUUUUACUUGUCAUUGGAUCGCCAGCAAUCGCUCAGUUCUGCUCAUUUUGGAGCGGUAGCUGUCUCGAUGCCCUGGCUCAGACUGCCGUCUCCUUCAAUUUCCCCCCUCUGUUUGAGGAGAGUCUCAACCUCUACUAUGGAUUCGACGCCAACUCCCGAGGAAAAGGCCAAGAGCCCAUGACUAAAGUUAGCUUUUGGCUCGGAUACAGUGCUCUUCUCAAUAGCUCUGUCAUCAAUUCCAACCGCACCUCUGAGAUUGCUUUGCGGGUGGGGAAUCUUACCGGAACUCCGUCAGGUUCCAACAAUGGCUGCGAUGGCGUGUGGGGCGCACAAUGCUCGUACGACUUGAUCACCUUGUUGAAGCAGGCCUUGUAUGGACUCACCACGAGUGGAAGUUACUAUGAUGACCCACUGGAUACGGUGUUGAGUGAAAUGCUCAUCAACCAGCCCGUACUCUCCAAUUGCCCUCCGCCUCUGUUCGACGUUGCUGCCAUACCUUCUAUCUCUUUUGCUCAGGAAACUGAUACCACCCGAAUUGCAACCCUCCAAACGUCCGGAUCCAGCAGUGAACCCUGGAAGACAUGGUUCAUUGAUAAUAUGACUGCUAAUGACCAAGCAGCUCAAGUUGCAGUCGCCAUUAUUAGCAGAGCUCCAUCCUACAACGGCAACCCUCCCAAAUAUGUGGAUGAUAUACAAGUAGAGCUCGUUUGUACUCAGGCUCCAUCUACAGGAAGCUCUUCGUCAAGUCAAGGCUCGUGA